AUGCUCGACGUCAACGACUUCAUCGCCGAGCGGGGUGGAGACCCUGAAAAGAUUCGCGAGUCGCAGCGCCGACGCUUCGCCAAUGUCGACAUCGUGGACGAGAUCAUUGCCCUGUGGGAUGACCACCGCCGAACCCAGUACAGCGCAACGCAGAUGAAUGGCAAGAUAAACGACGUCCAGAAGCAGAUUGCGACAAAGAAGAAGGCCAAGGAGAACGCGGACGAUCUGCUCAAGGAAAAGGCUGAGCUGGAGAAGCAGAAGAAGGCUCUGAUCGAGUCGGCGGCCGAGAAGGAUGCGCUGCUCAAGGUCAAGGUCAAGUCCGUCGGCAACCUUGUCCACGACUCUGUGCCCGUGAGCAACGACGAGGCCAACAACGCCGUUCAGCGAACAUGGGCCCCCGAGGGAGUCACCGUCGAGAAGCGGCCGGUCCUGUCCCAUCACGAGGUUCUCCUUCGCCUUGACGGAUACGACCCCGACCGUGGUGUCAAGGUCGUUGGCCACCGUGGAUACUUCCUCCGCCAGUGGGGCGUCUUCCUCAACCAGGCGCUGGUCAACUAUGGUCUCGAGUUCCUCUCCCAGCGCGGAUACACCGCUCUGCAGGCUCCUCAGUUUAUGCUCAAGGACUACAUGGCCAAGACGGCCCAGUUGGACGACUUCGAUGAGCAGCUGUACAAGGUCGUGGAUGGAGACUCCAAGAACGACAAGUAUCUCAUUGCCACGUCUGAGCAGCCCAUUUCCGCCUUCCACGCCGACGAGUGGCUGCAGCCCAAGGAGCUCCCUAUCAAGUAUGCUGGCUACAGCACGUGCUAUCGACGAGAGGCCGGAUCUCACGGCCGAGAUGCCUGGGGAGUCUACCGCGUUCAUCAGUUCGAGAAGAUCGAGCAGUUCCUCCUCACAGACCCGGAGAAGUCCUGGGAAGCGUUUGACGACAUGAUUCACGUUUCAGAAGAGUUCUACAAGUCUCUCGGCCUGCCGUAUCAGGUUGUCGCCAUCGUCUCCGGCGCCCUCAACGAUGCUGCUUCCAAGAAGCUCGAUCUGGAAGCUUGGUUCCCCUUCCAGGGAGAAUACAAGGAGCUUGUCUCAUGCUCCAACUGCACCGACUACCAGUCCCGAGCCCUUGAGAUUCGCUGCGGGACCAAGACGCAGACCGACAUCAAGAAGAAGUACGUUCACUGCCUGAACUCGACGCUGUGCGCAACCACACGAACUCUAUGCUGUGUUCUCGAGAACUACCAGACAGGAGAUGGUCUGCGCGUGCCAGAGGUUCUGCGGAAGUACUUGCCCGGCAACCCAGAAUUCAUUCCCUUCGCGAAGGAGUUGCCGAAAGAGACUCCGGCGCAGAAGGCGCUCCCGCAGCGGAAAAAGGAGGCGAACUAA